UACAAUGCCUGAACUUCCCGAAGUUCAUCGCGCAGAAAGAGCGUGUAACGCUAAAUUAGUUGGAAAAAAGAUCGUUUGUGUUGAAUCACAAGAAGACAAUCUGGUUUUUUGUGAUAUGACAAAUAGAGAAUUUGAAAAGAGAUUGCUGAAUAAAGUUAUUGUAGAUACGGGACGACAGGGGAAAUAUUUUUACUUUAUAUUUAACGAAGGACCACACGCUGUUAUGCACUUUGGAAUGACCGGAGAUAUUCGUUUUAAAGAUCAGGAAAUCUUUCAAUAUCGUAGACCGUCCAAGGAUGAUCCAAAAGAUUGGCCACCUCGUUUCUGGAAAUUCACAAUCUCUCUUGAGGAAUUAUCAGAUUCAUCUUCACAAAACAUAGUAAUGGCAUUCACUGACAAGCGAAGAUUGGCAAGAAUACGUCUUGUUAAUUCACCUUUACAAGAUCCUCCAAUAUCAAAACUCGGAUUUGAUCCUUUGCAAAGUAUGCCAGAUAGACAAACAUUUAAAGAAAAGACUUUGAAACGUCAUUGCCCUAUCAAAGCAUUGUUAUUGGAUCAAUCAUUUUCAGCUGGCGUUGGCAAUUGGAUUGCAGACGAAACACUUUAUCAAUCGCGUAUACAUCCUGCACAAUACGCGAAUACACUAAGCGAUGAACAGAUUACUGCAUUAUACGAGAAUUUGGUAUAUGUUUGUAAAACUGCAGUAGAAGUGAACGCAGAUGCUAGUUUGUUUCCCUCUUCUUGGUUGUUUCAUUAUAGAUGGGGUAAAGGAAAUAAGGUAGGCGCAUUUAUGCCGGAUGGAGAAAAGAUUUUGUUUGAAACUGUCGGUGGCAGAACUACGGCAAUUGUGCCAAGCGUGCAAAUUUUAAUUCAAAGUGCAAAGAAUAACAGUUCGAGCAACAGUUCUCAUACAUUGACAAACUUGAAUAUCAGAAAAUCAACACGUCAAAAGCGACAUACGGUUGAAGGUGAAAAUUUACAAUCCGAAAACUUGACCAAGCAUUCAUAUCAACAACCUCAAUACAUCUCGGAGUCUCAAACAAACUAUGAGUAUAUGGAUUAUACUCCGACUCCUUAUGACGGACAUACAACCUACACAGAUGUUCCUUACACAUACCCAAAUAAUUCAAUGACCGCUAAUAUACAACAGACUUUUCAUGACUAUAUAACACCUCAACAACAGUAUUUACGACAGCCAUUACAUCAGCCGAUGCCUCAACGACAGCUCCCAAGUGAAGUAUCCUUGCAAUCUAUGAUUCCUACGCAAAUGCUUCCUCAAACGUGCGAACGACACGAUUUACGUGAGCAACAAUUGAUAUCGCAAUAUCCACAGCAACAAGAAGCACAACUAUUGCCACACCAGCUUUUAUGGUAUUUUGCUGAACACUAUUUAUCUAAAGCAACUGAAUUACCUCCCACAUCCUUAGUAAAUUACCCAAAGUUAUCUUCGGAGCAACAAAAGCAUAUUUUAGCCGCGAUCAAAUGCCUGGAAGCUGUGAUCAUAAGUGUUGCCAGUAGUAACACAUAUACGCCAUUAGUUGAACUAAAGACGCGGUUUAGAUUGAGUCAGAUUCUAUUCUGGUUUACUGAGAACGUUCGAGAAGCAGAGAAUAAUGAUAUCUCAGAAGAUUCUGUGGCUGAUGUAAAAUUUAGGAUGAUUGACCUUCAAUGCAAUAUUUUCAAAAAUGCCAAUAAUAUUAAAGCGGCACGAAACAUUAUGAAGUCCGGUGCUAUUGAAGCAAUGGAAUGCAACAUGCCUGACUGGACCUAUCAUUUUUUAUUACGACAUGCUGAACUUCAUAACGCCGAAGGUGAUUUCAAUGGAUGUUUAUCAACAUUGAGACAAGCUGAAUCAAUUGCUGACCAAAGAGGCGAUAUCGAAAUGAAGGCAUGCCUUUUAAUAACAAUCGUUCAAUACUCUUUAACGAAUCAAAACUAUUCAAUAGCCCAGCAUUCGCUCGCUGAGCUUUCAACUAUAUAUUUCCUUCCACCUUCAUCUCAACCUCCACAAACCUAUCACAUUUUUCCGAUAUCCAAUCAUCGUCUUCGUUUACAUUAUUUACUUUUAUACGUAUCCUUUAAUAUGCAUACUGGGAAUAUUAAAGAUGCUACCGAAAAGUUGACCGAAAUUCACAAUAUUCUAAAUCAAGAACGAGAUGUUGAAAGUUUGGAAGAUGUGAAAGGUUAUACCACCAUUCAUGUUUCUUCUGCUCCAACAUCUACCACAUCGUAUUCAACUUCUACUGCAGCAGCUCAAAGCAUACCAGUAAAAAUUAAAUUGUUAUCUAAGACUGAAAUAUAUACACUCACGUUUUUGAUCUCAGGAAUAUGCAAUGGUGGUAAUUCGGCUAAUGUUGUGGCUUAA